AUGCCUAAACGGGAUGUGGUGUCGUGGAACUCUUUGAUUUCAGGGUACUUGCACAAUGGUGAUCAUCGAAAGGUGAUUGAUGUUUUUUUACAGAUGGGAAGAAUGGGUACAGUGCUUGACCGUACUACUUUUGCUCUUGUGUUGAAAUCUUGUUCCUCUUUGGAAGACCAUGGUGGGGGAUCCAAAUUCAUGGACUUGCAGUUAAAAUGGGUUUUGAUUGUGACGUGGAGUGCCAUAAUUGCAGGUUGUGUUCAGAGUGAUGACCCCAGGGGUGGUUUAGAAUUGUUCAAGGAGAUGCAGAAAGCGGGAAUUGGGUUGAGCCAAUCUACUUUUGCUAGUUUGUCAAGGUCUUGUGUGGGUUUAUCUGCAUCAAGAGUAGGCUCCCAGUUUCAUGGUCAUGCAUUAAAGACUGAUUUUGGGACUGAUGUCGUAGUAGGAACUGCCACUCUGGAUAUGCACACGAAGUGCAAGGAGAGGCGCGGAUGCUUUGUAGAGUGGGUGGAAAAGGCUUCAUUUACCCCACUUAACAAGUUGUUCGAGAUAGACGCGAUCGAACGAGCUUACAAGGUUUUUUUAAUGGACAAGAACUUGCUAAUGUUGAUCAACAAUCCCAAGCCGUUCAUCAUCCCCAUAUUUCCUUGGCUAGCUCCCUCAUCUUUGGUUCCUAGUGAACACUUUGUGCUGAAGGAUUUGACUUUCUACGAGGUUGCUCGUUUGGCAAAUUCUGAGACACGUUAG